UAUGUCUCUCCUCCUAAUGGACUCAACUAGUACUACUACUACUUCUCUUCUUAAAAAUGGGGUUCCUGUUUUUGACUCCACUUUGUUGCAAAAACAACCCAACUUGCCAAAAGAGUUCUUGUGGCCACACAAAGACUUAGUUAAUCAUCACAACCAAGAAGAGCUACAAGAGCCAUUGGUAGACCUUAAAGGAUUCAUGGAAGGCGAUGAGGCCGCAACGGCUCGUGCCGUGGAACUUGUCAGGGAUGCUUGUUUGAAUCAUGGCUUCUUUCAAGUCAUCAACCAUGGUGUUGAUGAAGAUCUUAUUAAGGCGGCUAGUCGAGAAGUUGAUGCCAUUUUUAGGCUGCCUUUGGAGAAGAAGCUAAGUGUUGGGAGGAAACCAGGAGAUCUUUAUGGAUAUUCUGGUGCCCAUGCAGAGAGAUUUUCUUCUAAGUUGCCAUGGAAAGAGACAUUCUCUUUUGGGUACCAUGAAAAUGAUGAUUCCAAGCUUGUUGUGGUUGAUUACUUCAAAUCCGUCCUAGGACAAGACUUUGAACACUCCGGGAGUGUUUGUCAAAGAUAUUGUGAAUCUAUGAAGGCAUUGUCUCUUGCAAUCUUUGAGCUACUGGGGAUGAGCUUGGGAGUUGAUCGUUUGCACUACAAGAAGUUUUUUGAGGAUAGUUGUUCUAUAAUGAGGUGUAACUACUACCCUCCUUGCAACAAUUCAAGCCUCACCCUUGGGACUGGUCCUCACACAGACCCAACCUCCUUGACCAUACUUCACCAGGACCAGGUUGGCGGCCUUGAAGUCUUUGUCAACAGUAAGUGGCAAGCAGUUAAACCUCUCCCUCAUGCCCUAGUCAUCAACAUUGGUGAUACCUUCAUGGCAUUGAGCAAUGGGACAUACAAGAGUUGUCUGCAUAGGGCAAAGGUGAACAGGGAGAGAGAGAGGAUAUCAUUAGUGUUGUUUGUGUGUCCAAAAGAGGACAAAGUAGUGAGACCCCCUCACGAUCUUGUUUGCAGACAAGGAACAAGAAAGUACCCAGAUUUCACAUGGUCAGAUCUGUUGGAGUUUACUCAAAAACAUCAUAGAGUUGAUGAUGCUGCUACACUCCAAAGAUUCACUCAUUGGUUUCAACCCCAAACCAACAAUUUAUAAAAUCUGACAAAACCUAGCUUCUAUGUACCUCGAUCUCUGCCUUUGCCAUCCAUGCUGCUGCAGCUGCUGCUUUUAUGUGAUUGCUUCCUUCCUUGUCAUGUGUAGCUCUAAUUACUUAUUUGUACAUGCAAAUAAUUUGGAAUGAAAAUCAGAUUCUCGUGGGAGUAUCGUACGUAUAAAUCAAAUUCAAACGAUUCGAAAACCG